AUGACGUCCAGAGUUCCAGCCAUCGUCCUGGAUCGCCUCAGCGAUCGCGCCAAAGAGGCGCUUGAUCUCGUGGCCAAGUUUGUCGAAGAAGAGUGCAUCCCCGCAGACCCCAUCCUGGAAGCUCAGAUCGGCCAGGGCGAAGCGAGAUGGGACCACCACCCGGCCAUCGUUGACGACCUCAAGGCCAAGGCCAGGAAGCUGGGCCUGUGGAACAUGUUCCUGCCAAAGGGCCACUACAAGGAGUCACCCGGCUUCACGAAUCUCGAGUACGGCCUGAUGGCCGAGUGGCUCGGCAAGUCGCGCGUCGCCUCCGAGGCCGUCAACUGCGCCGCGCCCGACACGGGUAACAUGGAGGUGCUGGCCAAGUACGGAAACGAGGAGCAAAAGGCAAAGUGGCUCAAGCCGUUGAUGGAGGGCGAGAUUCGCUCCGCAUUCUUGAUGACGGAGCCCGAGGUUGCCUCGUCGGACGCAACCAACAUCCAGCUCAGCAUGCGCAAGGAGGGCAACGAAUAUGUCCUGAAUGGCUCGAAAUGGUGGUCCAGCGGUGCCGGUGACCCCCGAUGCUCAGUCUACAUCGUCAUGGGCAAGAGCGACGCGAACAACAAGGACCCCUACAGGCAACAAUCCGUCAUCCUCGUCCCCGCGGACACAAAGGGCAUCACCAUCCACCGCAUGCUGCAGGUGUACGGCUACGACGAUGCGCCCCACGGCCACGGUCACGUCAGCUUCAAGGACGUCAGGGUCCCCGCCAGCAACUUGGUGCUGGGCGAGGGUCGCGGCUUUGAGAUUAUCCAGGGCAGACUUGGUCCCGGUCGCAUCCACCACGCCAUGCGUACCAUUGGAGCAGCCGAGCGAGCCCUCGAGUGGAUGCUGAUGCGCAUCAACGACCCGACCAAGACGCCGUUCGGCAAGCAGCUCAAGGAGCACGGCGUCAUCAUCGAGUGGGUAGCCAAGUCCCGCAUCGAAAUCGACGCCGCCCGUCUCGUGGUCCUCAACGCGGCCAUCAAGAUGGACGACCACGGAGCCAAGAAGGCGCUCAAGGAGAUCGCCGAGGCAAAGGUGCUCGUGCCGCAGACGGCGCUGACCGUCAUCGACCGCGCCAUCCAGUCGUUUGGCGCGGCCGGCGUCUGUCAGGACACGCCGCUGGCGGGCAUGUGGGCCAACAUCCGCACGCUGCGGCUCGCUGACGGACCCGACGAGGUGCAUCUGCAGCAGCUGGGCAAGAACGAGAACAAGAGGGGCAAGGAGGUCACAGACAAGAUCCAGUGGCAGAAGCAGAAGACGGAGCAGCUGCUUGCGCAGUGGAAGCUCCAGUCGUUCCAGCCUGGGUCGAAGAUUACCAAGUCCAAGCUGUAA